GCCAAGGCUCACUCGCCGCCCGCGUCGUCCCCGGCUCGCGUCUGUCCACUGGUCAACAACUCGCGAUUCGCACGGCCGCGCGCGCGCGCGCGCACCGCGCGUUCCGCAUUCGUACAUGGCCGUCGCGAGGCUGGUGGUCAUCACCCCCGCCGUCCUCCUCGGCCGCACCGCCCGCGUCUCGCCGUCGGCGGUGCCGCGGCUGCGGCCCAUCGUCGCCGGCCGCCGCGCCGUGGCGGCGCCCACACGCGCCGUCCUGGGAGACGGGGCGGGUGUCGGCGGCGAGGAGGAUGCGGUGGUGGCGGUGGUGGAGGAGGACGCGGUCGCCCGGCGCGCGGCGAGGAAGCGGUCGGAGCGGCGCACGUACCUGGUGGCGGCGGUGAUGUCCAGCCUCGGGUUCACGUCCAUGGCCGCCGCCGCCGUCUACUACCGCUUCGCCUGGCAAAUGGAGGCCGGCGGCGGCGACGUUCCGGCGACGGAGAUGGUCGGCACGUUCGCGUUGUCGGUGGGGGCGGCGGUGGGGAUGGAGUUCUGGGCGCGGUGGGCGCACCGGGCGCUGUGGCACGCGUCGCUGUGGCACAUGCACGAGUCGCACCACCGCCCGCGCGACGGCCCGUUCGAGCUCAACGACGUCUUCGCCAUCGCCAACGCCGCCCCGGCCAUCUCCCUCCUCGCCUACGGCCUCCUCAACCGCGGCCUCCUCCCCGGCCUCUGCUUCGGCGCGGGGCUUGGGAUUACGCUGUUCGGGAUGGCGUACAUGUUCGUCCACGACGGCCUGGUCCACCGGCGCUUCCCCGUGGGGCCCAUCGAGAACGUGCCCUACUUCCGCCGAGUUGCUGCCGCCCACCAGAUACAUCACACGGACAAGUUCGAAGGCGUGCCCUACGGCCUGUUCCUCGGACCCAAGGAGUUGGAGGAGGUGGGUGGGACUGAGGAGCUGGACAAGGAGAUCAAGAAGAGGAUCAAGAGGAAGGAGGCCAUGGACGCCAUCAGAUGAGAGCGAGAGUACUGCACAUGCCAUGAGAGCUACUACUAGCCUGCUGCUACCAUUUUCGAUCGCUUUUGUUUUGGCUUUUCCUGAUUUUAUGUUUAUUUUGAUGUAGAUAGCUGUCGGUGUAUGUACUGUGUAGAGUGCCGAUACUUAAUCUGUCCUUUUGUUAAUAGAAGAGGAAUAAUCCAUUAGUUUAAGAGAGGCAGGGAGUAAUCUGGACCAGACGAUACGUGUUCAUGUAGUAUAAUACUAGUAUAUUUGUAUCUUGCCGUAUUGGCAGGUCAAUGACGGUGGUUGCGGCA